ACAAGCUCUUCGUCUCUUUAUCAUUAUGGGCGUGUUUUGGAUGCUGGAAAUCAUUCCCCAUGGAAUGCAGGACUACCAUGUUUUCUGGGAAUGGGUCAUGCUAAUAGUUAUGUACAUUAAUGGCUCCAUUGGUAUAUUAACCUUUGUGCUGCUGAUCCUUAAAAAAACAACGCUUAAAAUGAUUAUGGAAAGAAUUCGGGAGUAGAGAAGAUGCUGAGUGAGUGGAAUUUUAGAUACAAAAUGAUAAUCCGUUGGCAAAACCAAUUUGAAUUGUUAUAUUAAAACU